AGGUGCAGUCAAACAGAGACACGAAGGCACUGCAUUUGACAUGGACGCAUCAGCCUGACCAGCUUCAGUCCCGUUUUCCAACAGGUCCACCGCACCCGCCAACAUGUCGACGGUAGAAGGAGCCGGCCAGGAUGACGAAGGGGAUUACGGAAGGGCAUCAAAGCGGCUGAAAACGGAGGAGAGAGAGGAGGGGGAAGAUGAGCUGGAGGAGGGGGAGGAUUCGGACUCCGGUUCGCUGCCUGGUAACGCAGAUUCCGUGGUGGAAACCCGGGCCCGGUGGAGCUGCAUCGAAUACGGAGCAGGACGUAGGAAUAAUAGUGAGGACUCACAUCGUAUAUCUCCCAGUCCUGUGGUCCAUGUCAGAGGUCUCUGCGAGGCUGUUGUGGAAGCAGAUCUGAUUGAUGCCCUUGAGAAGUUUGGAGCCAUAUGUUAUGUGAUGAUGAUGCCAUUCAAGCGUCAGGCCCUGGUGGAGUUCUCUGCAUUGGAGAGUGCUGAUCGCUGUGUGUCGUGUGGAGCCAAGGAGCCUGUAUACAUCGCAGGCCAACAAGCAUACUUUAAUUACUCCACAUCCAAGAGAAUCACCAGGCCGACCAAUGCUGACAACCCCAACAGUGGCAACAAGGUCCUCCUGUUGUCCAUACAGAAUCCCCUCUACCCCAUAACCACGGAUGUUCUGUACACUGUGUGUAAUCCCAUUGGCAGUGUGCUGAGGAUCGUUAUCUUCAAACGGAACGGAAUCCAGGCCAUGGUGGAAUAUCCUUGGUUUGAGUCAGUUCAGUGUGCUCAGAAGGCCAAAGCUGCACUGAAUGGAGCUGACAUCUACGCUGGUUGCUGUACACUCAAGAUUGAAUAUGCAAGGCCAACACGUCUGAAUGUGAUUAAGAACGACAAUGAGAGCUGGGACUACACUAAACCGUAUUUGGUCAGACGAGAGCGUGGAAAGGGUAGACAGAGGCAGGCAAUUUUAGGAGAACACCCAUCAUCCUACAGUGAGAAUGGCUAUGGUCCACCCUGCCCCCUGCUACCUCUGCCUGCUAACAGCAGGUAUAAGCUGACAGUGGAUGUUCCAGACAUGGUGUCCUACCCUCUGCCCCAGUCAUCCUCCUCCUACUCUGGCCACGCCCCUAGCUCUGUUGCCAUGGUGAGCGGCCUCCAUCCAUCCAAAAUGAACUGCACCCGCAUCUUCAACCUCUUCUGCCUUUAUGGCAACAUUGAGAAGGUGAAGUUUAUGAAGAGUGUUCCUGGUACAGCAUUGGUUGAGAUGGGAGAUGAGUAUGCAGUUGACAGAGCCAUCACACACCUCAACAGUAUCAAGGUGUUUGGCAAGAGACUCAACGUCUGUGUGUCUAAACAGCAUGCAGUGAUCCCCAGUCAGGUCUUUGAGUUAGAGGAUGGCUGCAGCAGCUAUAAGGACUUUGCCAUGACCAGGAACAAUCGCUUCAGCAGCGCUGGACAGGCAUCUAAAAACAUCAUCCAGCCUCCAUCUGCUGUGCUGCACUAUUACAAUGUGCCUCCAUGCAUAUCACAGGACCAUUUACUGAGGCUGUGUAUGGAGCAUGAUGUGCCUGUCUUUGUCAAAUUCAAGAUGUUUGAUGCCAAACCCUCCUCCAAGACCAUAUCUGGCUUGUUGGAAUUUGAAAAUAAGACAGAUGCUGUGGAGGUUCUUACUGUUCUCAACCAUUACCAGAUCAGGAUACCCAAUGGGUCCAACCCAUACACCCUGAAACUGUGUUUCUCCACCUCGUCACAUCUAUAAAAAGCUGCAGAGCACAAGAAGAGUAUGCUGAGAGUGGAUUUCUGACCUCUGACCUGAGGAAGGCACCAUGGGACAGACACAUAGAAGAGUGGAUGAGAGAUAAUGAGUGAUAAUAUUCACGAAAGAAGAUAAUGGGGAGAGAGAUGGAGACCAAAAUGAUGAAGUGAAGACUCUCACCAUCUCUAAAUGGAACAUCACUUAUUGUAUCAUCCCACCAUUCAGCCAUAACUCUCAAGCUGACAGACUAGCAACGCAUAAUAAUGUCUUCAUAUUGUCACGUGGGACAUCUGGAGGACACUGCUCAUAUGUUAGUCCCUGAAGUCUUCACUGCAUGGUAAAAAAGUGUCUUGAAGUGUGGACCUAGACGAACAGAGGUUGACCAAGGAAUCUACUGUACAUUGUUAGUCACACAUAAGGAUCUAAAAUCAUAAUCUUUGCUCAUGGCAGAUGACUCAAAUCAUUUUUAAUGUUUAAAACCGAUAAAAACAGAGUGUUGCCUUGAAUUGUCAUUGAGUAUAUGUAGUGAAUAUUAAUAUAAUUUUAACACAAGUUCUCAUAUAAGGUUUAGUAGAUGUCGCUUCACUGUUUAGUUCAGUCAAUUUAGAGUUAGAUAUCUGGCCAGUUGUUGAGUUUGCUGUAGAUGUUUGUGGUCCUCAAAGGAAGUGACCCUCUUAACUGACUUUUCCCAUACCACCAGCAUAAGGUCAGUCAGCAGUAUGGUGUGUGACAAGGUAUAUGGGAAACUAAAGGCAUUCAAUUUCACAUGAAUAUCAAAGUUUUCCACAUGGUGACCUCCAUCACAAACCUCUGAGCCCAUUUUGCCUCAAGCAAGAACAUUGUCAUAUUCUUAUCUUAAAUUUCUCUUGCAUUUGUUCCAACAAACAUGGCACAUCAGAUUCAGCAAAGGCUACUAACUUCAGAAAU